CCACCCUGGUGCUGCCAAACCCGUUGCCACUAGUGGCUUUUCAAAAUUUGGAUUUUUCUUUCACUUUUCGGACCACCCUUCUCGUCUUCGUUUUUCUCAAUUAUAUAUAAUUCCGAUUCCGACUUGCUUCUCCAUACCCAUCUGCCUUCCCCCCACUCUCCCCGCGCCACGUUCACGGCAGACAUUAUUGGAAAGCUCGAAGGUGCGCAUUGCGCACCCCAACCCUCUCCACUCGGUCAUGUCAUUUCUUAACUUGCCACCUUACUUUGUUGUGUCAUAGUCUCCUCACAGGAAAGCUUCACACUUUCUUGAUUCUUCGGACUCUGGCUGCUCCUUCCUGAAAUUUCACUGCCCAUUUUCGCGCUUCUGUCUCCUCCAAAUUGUUUUUCAGAUCCAGUUAUUUUACUCGAAUUUCAAUCUUGAGCUGACAUUCCUGGAAAUAGAGCUAAUUCCUAUGGCGUUUCGCUUUGUGUUGUGUUUGUUACUAGCGAAAGGUCUGGUGGAGGGUAUGUUUGGGCUCACAUUUUCUUCCAAGCUGAUACACGUAUAUUCCGACGAGGCCAAGGCCAUCUGGGUUUCUAGAAGUAAGAAUCUUUCGGCUGAAUCGUGGCCCAAGAGGAAUAGCUCCGAGUAUUUCAGGUUGCUUCUGGGCAGCGAUCUGACGAGGCAGAGGAUGAAGCUGGGUUCGCAGUAUGACUUUCUGUAUCCUUCGGAGGGAAGCGAAACACUGUUCUUCGGCGAUGACUUAUAUUGGUUGCAUUACACAUGGAUUGAUAUAGGGACUCCGAAUGUUUCUUUCCUCGUUGCAUUGGAUGCUGGAAGCGAUCUGCUCUGGGUCCCAUGUGAUUGCAUAGAAUGUGCUCCCUUGUCGGCUAAUUAUUAUAAUGGGCUAGAUAGAGAUCUGAGUGAGUAUAGCCCAUCAUUGUCAAGUACCAGCAGACAUCUGCCUUGCAGUCAUCAGUUAUGCAAUCCAGUUGCCACAUGCGAAAGUCCUAGGGAAGCCUGUUCUUAUAAUUCUAAGUACUACUCCGCAAAUACCUCAAGUUCAGGACUUCUGAUAGAAGACAAACUGCAUUUGGAAUCACAUGGAAAACAUGCUGCACAGUCUUCUUUGGAUGCCUCAAUCAUUUUAGGUUGUGGCAGGAAACAAAGUGGUGAAUAUUUAGUAGGAGCCGCUCCUGACGGUGUCAUGGGGCUGGGACCUGGCAGCAUUUCAGUUCCAAGUUUGCUAGCAAAGGCAGGACUUAUUAAGGAUUCUUUCUCAUUUUGCCUUAAUGAGAACGAUUCUGGAAGAAUUCUUUUUGGCGAUCAAGGGCAUGCUUCCCAACAAUAUACUCCGUUCUUGCCAAUUGAUGGGGAAUUUGCUGCUUAUGUUGUUGGGGUGGAGAGCUUUUGUGUUGGGAGUUCCUAUCUCAAGAAAACGGGAUUUCAGGCACUCAUUGACACUGGCACUUCUUUCACAUAUCUUCCUGAUGAAGUCUAUAAAUUAGUUGUUUCAGAGUUUGACAAACAUGUAAACGCAUCCAGGGUUGUUCUCCGACAAUACCCUUGGGAGUACUGCUAUAAAGUCAGCUCACAUGAGUUGGAUAACAUCCCAACAUUGAAACUGACUUUUUCUAGGAAUCAAACUUUUCGAAUUCAUUAUCCAAUGUAUACUACUCCUUCCAACCAGGAAUAUACUAUCGCUUGUUUGACUAUAGUGCAGACCGACGACGACUAUGGUACUAUUGGACAGAACUUCUUGAAGGGUUAUCACAUGAUUUUUGAUAGGGAGAAUUUGCGUUUUGGUUGGUCAAGUUCCAAUUGUGCAGGUGAAGAUAGCACGGGAGAUGAAGCAAAUUUUACUGCACCAUGGCAUGGUGGAUCACCAAACCCUUUACCAGCCAAUCAGCAGCAGAGCAUCCCCAAUACACAUUCUGUGCCACCGGCUUUUGCUGGACCCACUUUGCCCAAACCUGCCGGAGCCCCACUCGGAUGCAUGACCGCUAGCCAUUUUUUAAGUUUACUGUCACUUGUAUGUUCCCUUUUGUUCUGGCUAUCCAAUUAGAAGUCUAUCAUAUUCACCUGUAAAUUGUGUUGUCCAGGCUCUCCUUUUCGUAGGAUGUGUUGUAUCUAUUGGGGGUUGGUGAGGGACAGUGUGUUUUCUUCCGGUUUUAGGCCUCUGUAAAAAAUUUUAUUUCACUAUAUUAUCUUAUUCUAUGGGUAUAAGCUUUUACAUCGAAGUAUUGCUCUCAUGUAUAGAUGGCUAAGGCAAAACAUAAUGAACCUAAAUCUUGAUUA